GACAAUAGCCAAGCCACCAGACCUUCUCCCAAACAAACUCGCUUGGCACCCAGGAGAAUGGCCGAGAAAGAAUCCACAUUUUCCAAUUUGCUCAUCCCUCUUCUUCUCCUCAUUGGCUGGAUCGUGGGCUGUGUCAUUAUGAUUUAUGUCAUCUUCUCUUGACAGAAGUAAGAAAGAAGAUUUCAGACUGACAUCUCUUAGAUGAUCCAAGAAGAGAAAUGAAAAUAACUGAUCAUUAAAGAUUUUCCAUCGAUAAA